AUGAAGGUAAAAACAGGCACCAGCCUGGUACAGUUAUUGAUACACGAAGCUUCAGGGGUAGGGUUGAGCUCGAUGUCAACCGAUAACGAUACCGAAAAUACCGGUUACGGUACCGGCUCGAGUCUUCACACGAAUGUUGUUUGGCAUAAAUGUUCAGUGGAGAAAAAUGACAGGCAGGAAUUACUUAACCAAAAAGGUUGCGUUAUUUGGAUUACUGGCCUCAGUGGUUCAGGAAAGAGCACUGUAGCUUGUGCGUUAACUCGCGCACUCCAUGCCCGAGGAAAGCUGACAUACAUCCUUGAUGGCGAUAAUGUAAGGCAUGGUCUUAACUGUGAUCUUACUUUCAAAGCAGAAGAUCGCGCUGAGAAUAUAAGAAGAAUUGGAGAGGUGGCUAAGCUAUUUGCUGAUGCUGGAGUUAUUUGCAUAGCAAGUGUUAUAUCUCCUUACAGAAAAGAUCGCGAUGCCUGUAGAUCCAUACUUCCGGAUGGAGAUUUCAUUGAGGUAUUCAUGGACAUCCCUUUAUGUGUAUGUGAGGCCCGCGAUCCAAAAGGCUUAUACAAGCUUGCACGCACCGGAAAGAUCAAAGGUUUUACUGGAAUUGAUGACCCGUAUGAGGCGCCAUUAAAUUCCGAGAUUGUUAUACAACAAGGAGAGGUCUGCCCCCCACCUGAGGCUAUGGCUGAGAUAGUGAUUUCUUAUUUGGAAGCCAAAGGGUAUUUACACGCGUAG